AUGCGUCCCGAGCGUGCCUUCGACUCGCCUCGCCCUAUCGACCUAACGGAACCAUCCGCACACCAACCGAGCCAGCCUCAAGAGAUCACAGCGACGGUAAAGCUCACUUCCACGAACGCCGAGGACAGGCUGGGACCGCUGGGCUGCCGCCGGCUUGUUCUCACACCAGCGAAGCCGACCUGUCCGAUCGGAAGAGCGAGCAGCAAGAGGAGUGGACUCGAAGCGAAUGCCACCAACGCGUAUUUCGAGAGUGCUGUCGUUUCGCGAUGCCACGCCGAGUUGCAACUUGAUGUUCAAUGUCGGCAAGUUAUCCUCAAGGACAAGGGGUCGCUUCACGGAACCCUCCACAAUGACAGGCGCUUGAAGGCAAAAGAGACCCGGACCCUAAAGUCUGGUGACACAAUUACACUGGGCGCACAAAUCGAGCGAGGCCACGAUAGAUUCCAGCCAUACAAAGUCCACACCAACAUUGUCUGGGAGAUCCCCGAUCACACGAACAGGCCAGUGACGUACACUGUCCCGGACGAUACGGAUGUCGAAGAUCACGAGGAUGACUGCGGCGACGAAACAGAUCUUGCCUUUGCCCAGUCGGUUCUUGUCGAGAACGGGUUCAACCCCCCGAGCAGCCCAAUUCGUAUAGCGGCCGCAUCAGCUUUGCAGAGCUACUCUGGUGCCGUCGUCGACCUGACCGCGGGUCAGGUGGCUGCUGCUGUUCAAAAGGUCCACAAGGCCACUGAACCAACCAGCAUCGACUUGGAAGAGCCCGACCUUUACUCGGAUGACCGAGUCCAUGUCGGAGCUCUGCCAGCCGAGACCUUGUGGCAUAGCACAGUUGGAGAUGAAAGUAGCGAGGAUAUGCCCGGGAGUUCUAUGGCGGAGGAAUGGGGGCCCCGUACAUCGAGUGGGAGUGGGAACGAAUUCGCCGAUGUCUCGGCCUACGAAAGCGAGCUAGACAACGAUGUCGAAACUCACGACCUGGAUGACGAACAACCCCUCGAAGAAAAUUUCAUGGACUCCGAUGCCGCCUCCCUCAUGGAUGACUUUGAGCCAGAUGAGGCCGCUAAUGCCCUUCCCGAGGAUGACAGCGAGUGGACGGACUAUGGAAGUCUUACGGCCGGUAUGAACGACACAGCUGGCGAAAGCUCAUUGCUAGCCCAGGCUCCCAUCCUCGAUUCCAAGCCAAUUUUCAACCUGCAAGACAUCGUUUUCAAACCACUCCCACGGAACACACUCGACGCGAACCCCCAUGAGCAAGUUUCGUCGACGUUUGGUGAUUUAUCACUGCAGACUCAUGGUCCCUCCACAGCUUCGGUUGGAAACGAUUACGCGCCUGUAUCUCCGUCCCUUAGCGACAAUCACGCGACUACGAGCGGCCAUGAAUCUUCGUUCUCAAGACCCCUACAGACAUCAGCGGUGGAUGAAAAAGCUUUGUAUCGCAAGGCCAAAGGGACGGUGCUGGCUAUGCGUGCAUCCUAUCAGCCGCCAAGAGGCUCAAUGGCCUUGUCGGAUAGUGAACGGGCACUGGUUGAAAAUUUUACCGCUCAGGUCAAAGCGAAAGAAGCAAAGCAGACAACUACGGCAGACGACGAAGUUGCACAGGAAGCGCCGCCUCGUGAUACCGAGACCACAGGCGAAGACAUGUCUGCUGGCGCUCAGCAUCAGACCGCUCCCCCCGAAACCCCGUCUCGCAAGCGGGGCGCGGAUAAGAUAUCACGUUCAACAGUGGAAGAAGAUGAAGCCACGGCCAAGACCGCAGAGGCUGCUGUUCAGGCUGGAGAUGUCUCAAAGGAGCCCACGACGCUGGUGGCUGAGUCGUCACAGGCAAUUUCACAGACCGAGCCGGCAAACGAGUCGAAUCCCGUGGUGCAGGCUGGCUCUCCGACAAAGGAACAACGUCCUACGAAGCGUGUCCGACGUAGUGUUGCAGAGGCUGCCGGAUAUGUGGCAUUGGGAGGUGUUCUGGCAUGGUCCGCCUUGGUAGCCACUGCUCCUGUCUUGUAA